UAUGGAAACAUCGUGAAUAGGUGUAUAUGUCUCUUAACGUUCACAACUGGAAGUGGUAUUAGACGUAUUAUUCUUACAAAAUUGCGAAUUGCGACAAACUUUUCUAUUUUAAUUAAUAUAUGAAGAUUAGAAUUCAAAAUUACAUUAAUAUGGCACUCCAAAAAAUUUUAUUAAAUGGUGGAUUAGUGUUAAUCGCUAUGAGAAUUAUUACUCUUUCCAAUGCUAACAAUACAGAAUAUGGACAAAUUGCUAAUAAUACACAACAUACACAAUAUAAACUAGUUGAUAACAAUACGUUGGAACAUGUAUGGAUUGCUACAAUACCGAAUAGAAACAAUACAAAACCUAAAAAGAUAUUGCUACGAAUUGCUCAAAAUACAAACCAUAAAAUAAUUCCUAAUAAUACAGCAUAUAACCAAAUUGCUAACAAUACGAAACAUGAACGAAUUGCUAACAAUACAGAAUAUCAAGGGUUUGUUAACGAUAUGCAAUAUGAACAAAUUGCUAACAAUACUAAAUAUAAACAAGUUGCUAACAAUACGGAAUAUGAUACCAAAUAUACCGAGAUAAAUUCUAAUUUGUCGACUAAAGAUAAUGAAUAUAACAAAACUUUAAAACUAUAUCAACAAAUGACUAACAAUACGAAAUAUGAACUGAUUGCUAACAAUACAGAAUAUCAACGGAUUGCUAACAAUACAAAAUAUGAACGGAUUGCUAACAAUACAGAAUAUGAACGGAUUGCUAACAAUACGCAAUAUGAACAAAUUGCUAACAAUACUAAAUAUAAACAAGUUGCUAACAAUACGGAAUAUGAUACGGAAUAUACCGAGAUUAAUUCUAAUUUGCCGACUAUAGUACCGUCCCAUUAUAAUGUCAAAAUACUACUUUACUUUAAGGACAAUCUUUUAUUCGGUGAUUGCAGUAUUAAUAUAAACAUUAACCGUCAAUUGGAAUCUAUAAAGCUAAAAUCCGUAGCCAUUCGUAUAAUUGAAGCAAUCUUGAUUCCUAAUAAAAAUACAAGUGUGUAUCAAUUUUCUUCAUUCACCAACUAUAACGACAUUCUUACUAUUAAGUUUGAUAAAGAGAUAUCUCCUGAUACAUACACUUUAAACAUGACAUAUAUGCGUGUGAUACAUAAACGCAAAAGUCCAAUCCAAUCUGUAUAUCAAGACAAACUAGGAGAUCAAAAGUUGAACCAAAUAGGUGUUGAGGUAAUGAAGGUCCGACAACUAUUUCCGUGCAACAAGUUAAGCAAUUCCACAAUUAAGAUUGCCAUCAAACAUGACGAAAAAUAUACAGUUUUAUCAAAUAUGCCUAUUCGAGUACGAAAUAAAGCUGCUAAUGGCAUGAUGUGGACUGACUUUGACGAAUCUUCACCAAUGCCUGUGCAACAGAUAACGUUUGUGAUAACCACAUUUACUAAUGUUUCUAGUCAGUUUGCAAAUGUUACCAUAUGGUGCAGACCAAGUGUUUGGAUACAUGUUCUUUAUGCAAAAGAUGUUCUCGAAGAGGUUGUGCCUUAUUUUAAAGAAAAAUACAUGCUAAAAUUAUCAAAAUUGGAUAUUGUUGCAGUCUGGCAUCGUCACGACUAUAACAUUACGACAUUGGGACUCAUUUUGCUAAGGGAAGCAGAUAUUAUUUAUAAUGAAGACUUGCAUUCCGUUAUACGCCGAAGGGAAGUUGCGCACAUAAUAGCGCGUCACUUGGCAUUUCUUUGGUGUAAUAAUGUGAUAGUUUGGUUUAAAAAUGGUUUUGCUACAUUUGUCGGAACGUAUAUCUUGGAUCAGAUAUACCAAAAUGAUCACAUAAUGGAUUUAAUGGUCGUGCAAGCAUAUCAAGAUUCUUUUCGUUACGACAUUCCUUCUAAUAAAGAAUUGAAUAGCAGUAACGCCGUUGAAAUCAUUUCAUGGUCUCGACUACAUUAUCUAAGAUCAUUUAUACUAUGGCGCAUGUUUUACCAUAUCAUGCCCGAUGUAUUCUGGCGUGGUAUCCGUACAUAUAUAAACAGGAACUCUACUUAUGACAUGACACCAGAUUUAUGGGCCAUUAUGCAAUCUCUCUAUACAGAAAGCAACCCGAAAAAAACCCAUAAUCUUUUUUUUAAAUUGAAAUAUUUAAUAUAUACAUGGAGUUCGAAGAAAUAUUAUUUUGUUUUAAAUGUGAUGAAACUUCAUACUGAUUUGCAAUAUUUCGAUACAUUAAUAGGCUACACUCGAUCCCCCUAUAUAAUAGAAAAUGAUAAGACACUAACUUGGAUACCUGUAACAUAUACGUUGGAAUCGUCUCCUAAUUUUAACACGUCUGGUGUUUCGUCUUGGAUAUCCACAGAAGAUAUCACGAGAUAUUCAGGUGCAUACGCAGGUGCAUUAAUUCACCACAACACUAGUAUAAAGAAAUGGAUUAUAGUCAAUAUACAACAAGCUGGAUACUAUCGCGUCAAUUAUGAUGUUGGAAACUGGCAACAGCUUAUGCGAUACUUAAACUCCGAUGAUUAUAACAAAAUACAUAUUCUUAAUCGUGCUCAAAUCAUCGAUGACGCAUUUUACUUCUUUGUACAAAAACAACUCACAUACAACUUGUUUUGGAAUCUUACGAACUUCGUAAUACGAGAUACUAAUUUUGUUACAUGGUAUCCUAUGAUUAAAGUUUUCGAAUCUUUUACUUGUAUGUUUCCACUUGAAUAUGGUAAUUUGAUAAUGGAAACAAUGAAAAACAGAAUAGAUGGACUUCUUACAAAAAUAGGAUACUUUGACGAAUGGACAGACCAUACUCUCACUAUAUAUUUAAGACAAGAAGCUGUAAAAUGGGCAUGUAUUCUUGAUAUUUCUGAGUGCCGAAGAAAUGCUGCUUCGAAAUUAUUAGAAGAGUUUAAAUAUUCUGAAGACAACUCAAAUUCGAUGGAGAUGAAACGAACAUACUGUCAUAAUUUAAUACCAAUGAACCACGCUAUUUGGAACGAGAUAUGGAAGAAAUGGAAUGCAACGUUUGAUGAAAGAUUUUUAGAAUACCUAUCUUGCUCUGAAGAUCUUGCUAUCAUUCGCCAUUAUUUAACGGAAUUAAUACAGCGCGGAGCUCAGCCCGAAUAUGUUAAUGCAUUUUUUUUUAGUGUUGCAAAACAUGCAAAACAAGUUGAACUGUAUAAUUUUGUUUUCAGUAUUGUUGAAAAAGUUACUUUCGAUUCAAAUAGAAAAAAUGACUUAAUUGCAACAUUCAUUGUAAUUAUUACACAUGUGCACGAGCAAAAGCACAUGAACGAGAUAACCAAAUAUUCAUCGAAAAAGCGAUAUCAAAUAGCAAGAGAUGUUGAAAAAAAAAUAAAGAAACGAAAAUUGGAAUACGUAAGACUUGUCAACAACUACGGGUAUUACUUAAGUAUCAGUAAAUAUAAUAAAUAGCGAAACAUUUAAGUCAGUGGAAGACUUACUUCACUGUUUCUCAGCCAUAAUCAUGUAUCGAUAUUUGCAUUCUUUGAUGAGUAAUGAAAAAGGAUUACGUUAGUGACAAAAACAAUUAUCAUUUAAAAUACGUAUACAAAGGACAUGGACGGACAUCUGACAACGAUA